UCAGGGUGCUACUGAAACCAGAUGGUUAGUGAAAGUAGAAGAAAUAUUCUAACAUAGAAUUUUAAGACUAGAACAGAAGAAUGACCAUGACGAAGGCAGCAGUUGUGGUGAUAACAGCUUUCUUCACUACAGUGAUGACACAAGACAUGAAGCUACCUCCAAGAUUUAUAGUACAGCCAAAUAGACAGUAUUACUUUAAGGUGGAUGAUGCCACUUUUACACAAGAAUUACCUUGUCGUGCCAAAGGAAUACCAGAGCCAUAUUAUGAGUGGAAGAAAUUCGGUGAGUUAUUGUCAGUGGGUACUAGAGGCUGGAAUUGGAAACCAAACGGCGGCGGCACCAUCAGUAUCAACGGCCCCGAUUUCAGUGACGAGGGGUAUUACCAGUGUCUAGCCAGAAAUACUGACGGAAUGGUGGCUGUGUCCACAGUUGCUUUCUUCCAAAGAGCGAGGGCUGGGGCUUUUCCUUACAACCAGACAGUAGAAACCAAGGUGGUCCGAGAGGGCGAGAAUGUCACCUUGGUGUGCUCAGGAAAACCCCAGUUCCCUUAUGCAGCACCUAAUCCCACCAUUCAGUGGGAACUAUACACGCCUGCCUCGGGGUCUGUGAAAGAAACCCAGGCCAUCAUGGCUGAUGAUAAGAGGAGACAGGUAGACCAGAGUGGAGCUUUGAGGUUUGCAUUUGUUACCAGGGAUGACUCUCAACCAAACCAGCAGUACAGAUGUUCUGCGUAUAACUCACUUCUGAAAUUAUCCGUUUUUGGAAGUCCAGUUAAACUAUCUGUUGACUCUACUAAUCCAUUGACCGUCAAUGCCCCAAAGCUGAUGUACAAAACUGCCCCCGAGCCCUCUUCAGGACCGUCUGUUGUCUUCUUGAAGGGACAGAACAGGACUCUGAGCUGUAUUUUUGCUGGAAAACCUGUCCCCACCAUUCGCUGGUACAAAUUGGAUGCCAAUGGCAGGCUAAUGAACCCAGAUGGAAUUGUAGACAAAACCCAAAAUCUGGUCAUCCAAGUUGUUAACUUUGACCACGAGGGCACUUAUCGCUGCACUGGGUCCAAUCCGGGUGGUUCUCAGAGUGCCGAAAUUCAGGUUGCUGUGGAAGCUGCCCCCUUUUGGACAAAAACUGGGAGACCUAAGGACACCAAUGUAACAGCUGGGGAUGACUUCACCUUUGAAUGUGGCACAGAGGGGAUUCCAGCUCCUGACAAACCCAAGUUUUAUUCCAAUGGUGUGGAAUUAGAUCUCAGUCAGCCCAGGAUAGUGUAUGAUGAGCAGGAGCCAACCAAGUUUACUCUGAAGAACGUCAGCAAAGCUGAUCUACAGGUGUUCCAGUGUAACGUUAGCAACAAGCACGACUACCUCUACGCCAGCGUUUACCUGAACGUUUUAUUGAGGACUCAGUUGCUGGUGGAACCUGAACAGAAUGUUUCCUAUGAAGAAGACAAUAAGCCAACCAACGUUAGGUUCAACUGUUCGGCCAAAGGUGACCCGAUGACGCCGCUGACCUUCACCUGGAUGUACAAUACGCCAGAAACUGACAAAUGGAUGCCUCUCCCCGCGGGGGGUCCGUACACCUUCAUCAUGGACAAUGAACAUGCAGUGGACUUGGACAUAAGUCUGGAGAAGGGGUCAGUCCAUGCCCAGUACAAAUGUGUGGUGGAAAACGGCUAUAUGCCAGCGGAGGUGUUGGCCACUUUGUGGAAUGAGAAUGCAGGGCCUACCAGUAUAUCCAUUGAUCCAUUUUUACCUGUAUGGACAUUGGUGGCUGCUGUUGCUACAACACUUGCACUUUCACUUCUUUCUUCUGUGGUCAUCGCUGUAAUCGUCAGAAGAAAGAGACGUCAACGUUAUGCAGAUGAUGCUCCUGAAAUGAAUGAAGAAUUGAUGCAGACGCCACCUGCCGGAGUAGGGUCAUACGAAAUACCUCUGCAGAUGAAUAAUGGAACUUCAUUGUCCAGAUCGUUACACGGAGAAAAUGAAGUGACGCCACCUGCCGGAGUAGGGUCAUACGAAAUACCUCUGCAGAUGAAUAAUGGCACUUCAUUGUCCAGAUCGUUACACGGAGAAAAUGAAGUGGCCGAUGAUGUUCCGAUGUACCUAGAAGUUCCAACGCUUAACACGGAGAUUCCCAGGACACAUGUUAGGGUCCAUGCAGAGAUAGGCAGUGGAUCCUUUGGACAGGUUUAUAUGGGAGAAAUAUAUAAUCAGAAUGGCCAAGGAGAGUGGACAGCAGCUGCAGUGAAGACAGUCAGAGAUCCUCAUGAUUCAGCCCUUGUCAAAGAUCUCAAAGAUGAACUAAAAGUGAUGCAGAUACUUCGUCCUCAUCCAAAUGUAGUCACUCUAUUUGCGUCUUGCACGCGUGAUGGAGGUGUACCAAUGAUUAUCUUGGAAUACCUUCCAAACGGAAAUCUGCAAACUUCCCUACGAAAUGACCGAGCUCGAAAUAAGGCAGUGUAUAACAACUUAUAUGGCGCCAGUGCUUCCUUAACGUCACGAGAUCUGAUGAAGUACGCUGUCGACGUGGCAAAUGGGAUGGCGUUUCUUUCUUCAAUGUCCAUUCUGCACAGAGAUCUUGCUGCAAGAAAUGUUUUAUUAUCUGACGACAAAAGAUGCAAGGUUUCUGACUUUGGUUUUGCUAGGGACGUGAUUGAAAGCCACCAGUAUGAAAUGAAGUCACAGGGUCGUGUUCCAGUACGAUGGAUGUCUCCUGAAGCUCUAAAUGACCAAAUAUUUACCUCCCAGUCUGAUGUCUGGGCGUAUGGUGUUUUGUUAUGGGAGAUUGUCACAUUGGGCUGUAUUCCUUACCCUGGUAUGUCAGCUGAGCAAGUGAUGAGAAAGAUAACCAACGGAUACCGGAUGCCAAGACCACAACAUUGUUCACAGGACAUGUAUGGUAUCAUGCUGUCUUGUUGGGAGGGGGCACCGAACGCACGACCUUCUUUUAAGGAUUUAACAAGUUCAUUGAACGAAUUACUGGUUGCAGAUUACGAUGUCUUGACCUUUGGAGAGUUUGAAGAAGCAUUGUAUGAUAAUGUGGACAAAUGUGAUGGUGACGAAAAGUGUUAAAUGCAUUAUCCAUCAAGUAAGCGAAUCCUUCAACAGAAUCAGUUCCAAAAGUAUGCUGAAAAUCUGCGUUCACUAUGCGUCGACCAAGACUUCAUCGCGCCCUUCUUUCAGCAUGCAACUGUCUACAUGCCAAAAAGAGUUUAAAACUGAAUUCAUGUGACUAUCAAAAGUUUAUGGUCUGCGUAGGUUGUCGUUAAAUGGAUAAUAACUCUUCGUAUGAGAUCUAUAUUUCACAAUAAAAACAUUGUGAACAACU